AUGGAGCUUCUGACUGUCUGGAGUUUAAUUGUCAUGGUGAUGUCCAUACACAGUGUUUGCUGUGAUGAGAUGGAUCAGUCUCCUUCUCAGGUGAAAAGACCUGGAGACCUGUUUAAAUUGUCAUGUAAAAUCUCUGGGUUUGAUAUGACAAGCUACUACAUGAGCUGGAUAAGGCAGAAACCAGGCAAAGCUCUGGAGUGGAUUGGGAGCAUUGACUCUGGUUCAACAGAUGCUCCAGACUACUCAGACUCCCUGCAAGGCCAGUUCAUCCUGACUGAGGACGUCUCCACAAGCACCCAGUUCUUAGAGGCCAAUAGUCUGAGAUCAGAGGACUCUGCUGUUUAUUAUUGUGCUCGUUGUGAUGCUUUUGACUACUGGGGUAAAGGGACUCAAGUCACCGUCUCAACAGCAACCACAGCCACCCCUACUCUAUUCCCUCUUAUGAACUGUGGAACCCCUACUAACGACAUCUACAGCAUCGGUUGUCUCGCUACCGGCUUUUCGCCUUCCUCAAUCACAUUCAACUGGACAGACGCCAGCGGGAGUCCACUGACGGACUUUGUCCAGUACCCGUCGGUUCAGAGCGGGGGAGCCUACAUCGGAGUCAGUCAGGUCCGCGUGGCUAAGAAUGACUGGGAAAACUCAACGUCUUUUAUUUGUUCUGUGGAACAUCCUGGAGGUGGAAAGACAGCAGUCAUCAAUAAACCAGUCCCAAAGUCUCCAACAGUGUCUUUGCUGUCAGCGCCCAUUGGCACCACCCAGUACCUGAUGUGUAUGAUUGAAGAUUUCACCUCCGAGACAGUCAAGGUCACCUGGAAGAAGAAUGACAUGGAGGUGGAGGUCCAGACCCCUACUCUAGGCAAAAAGCCGUCAGGCCUCUACUCAGGCAGCAGUCUGCUGAAGGUCAUCAACAGUGACUGGAACAACAAGGUCAAGUACAGCUGUGUGGUGGAGCACCAGGAUCAAACCAUCAGCAAGACGACCUCCAAAACAGAACCACUGACGGUGACUCUGAACCCACCGCGUGUGAGAGAGGUGUUCUUGGACAACCAAGCAGUGCUGGAAUGUGUCAUCACUGCUACAGACCAGGACACAGUGUCUGGUACCAAUAUCACCUGGCAGGUCAAUGGACGGGACAAGAUGAAUGGCAUCGAUCUGAAACCUAUUGAAUCAAAGGGCAACCUGAACAGCAGGGUCAGUACUCUGACCAUAGAUCAGAAGGACUGGACCAAAGUGAACAAAGUCCAGUGUUCUGCCAAGAAGAGUGGUGAAGACACACCGGUCAUUCAGGAACUCAGCUUCACCAAAGGUAGUGAAGCCCCUUCAGUGUCCGUCCACCUUCUCCCGGAGGAAAACACCAGGGAGGAGGUGACUGUGACUCUGGUGUGCCUGGUGGUCUGCCCGUCUCUCUGUGACGUCUACAUCAUGUGGCAGGUGAACAGCAACCAGUACCAGGAGGGGGUCACCAGCCCUCCUCAGAAAACCCAGAAAGGCAACUACUUCGUCACCAGCGUCUUCACCACCACCAAGGAUAUGUGGAAGACAAACGUGCUUUUCACAUGCGCCGUCAAGGACCUCGGCUCGGACAACAAUACCACACCUCAGGGGAGGAAUGUGUCGAAGUCCAUGGCAAACAUCCUACUGACUGAGCCUGAGGCGGGCUUCGCUCUGAGCUGCACGGACAACGAUGAGGAUGAGUUCAGUAGCCUGUGGUCCACCACCUCCUCCUUCAUCAUCCUCUUUCUUCUCUCUCUCACCUACAGCACAGUACUCAGCCUGGUCAAGAUGAAGCAGUGAAGAACACAUGAUGGACUGUAGAGAUAGAUGUGUCUAGAUUAGAAAGAAAAUGGUCUGGGAUGGUUAUGGCAUAGUAUUCUUCAGUAAUAAUGUUACAUAUAUAUCCAAUACAUUAUUGAUUAUGAUUGAUUAGUAUUGUUGUUCUCAAUAUUAUACAAGCAUUGUGGUGAUAUGUUAUUUUUCAUUCAUUGAUUUAUUUUGUACAGUAUCUUUGAAUAU